CUGUUUCGAAAUUCGUUGUUUAAUCAUUAUCAACAGUGUCAUUAUUAAAAGCAAUUAAGUAUUAUGUUUUGCUAAGACGAAUUAAUAAAAUAUGUUAGGAAUGUCCCUAACAGUGGGAAUAGUUCUUCUAUUUCGUUUUAUUAACAAAAAAUAUGAGCACCCUAUUUUCGGAAUUUAUCAGCAAAGGAAUAAAACUUACUGGUUCAAGUUUUUGUUUAUGUACAUUUUUCUUAGGCUGAGACAGUUCAUUACCUACGUAAAGAGACUGUUAGCUAUAGAACUGGGUCGCAGUCCUGACGGCACCACACACGUGCAAGAGCAUGACAUACAAUUGGAGAAGUUGUAUGACCUUGGAACUCAUAGUAAGGUUGUAGAUGGUGUUUACUUCAAUGGCAUGUCCAAGAGUGGCGAUGCUCUGAUAUGUGGAUUAGCACGAAGACCCAACCGCGGUUGUGAUGCCUUUAUAUAUUUAAAGAUCAAAGAUCAAGAUCUCUUCCUAUCACCAAGCCUUCCAGACACACACUUGAAGAAAUCAGACGAAGACGGGGAGGGCCACUGUGUGAAUGGCAUUACCAUCACUAAUUUUAUACCCAUGCGUGCUUGGAAGUUAUGUUUCAACGGCGAGCUGAAACCCAAAAGCGAUUCGGCUAAAACCGUCAAAGUGGAAGCAGAGCUGACGUGGAGUGCGCAGUGGGCGCCAUUCGAGUACGACACACAAAUGUCACCACGGAGCGUCGCGGACGAUAUGGCGCGGGAGCCGUGGUCUAGAGACUACUUUAAGCUGGUUAAAAAAUUGCAUCAAACACAUUAUGAGCAAAUGGGAUCUAUUGCGGGAACAGUUGCUAUCGACGGCAAGAGCUACGAAUUAAAUAUGCCAUGUGUUCGAGACCGGAGCUUUGGACCAUUACGCGAAUGGCGUAACUUUCAUCGCUACGUCUACCACUUUAUAUUUCUAGACAACGGCGAUUGUAUGGCUGUGGGCAGUGUAUCGCAACCUUCUAUAUUGUCACAUUUAACUAUUGGCUACUUAUGCAGAAAGUCUGACCAGACUGUUGUGCCGGUCGACCAUUCCGACUUCCAUCUAUACCAGCACGCAGAGCACCAAAUAUUACCCAAACAUUAUGGAUUUAUAUUCGAAGCAGGAGGUCAAUCAUAUGCAGUACAAGUGAGUGCAAACGAGGAAGAAACAUUUUACAUCGGCAAAGAAAGGGAGGCGAAGUUCUACGAACGAUGGUGUACCGUAGACAUAAACGGCGUGAAGGGCAGAGCUUGCGUGGAGUGGCAUUAUAAUAAUACGUUGAAUACAUUGUUUAAUAAAUAAUAUUGCGUA